AUGCGUCAUGUGUUUGAUACGUCUCCAUACCUCAUUGCCUUUUCUAAUUCAGAAUACAGUGAAGCAAAAGAGCCGAACAGGUACCUUUUCGAUUUACUUACGAGAUUUAUAGAAUUUGAAAAUAUCAAACGCAUCACAUUAUGUGGCCAUUCUUUAGGUGGUGCAGUUAGUCAUGUCUAUUUACUACUUUAUCUUAUCCUUUAUUUCAAUGGAGGAACUACCUUUCCAGAAAAUCUUGACAUUCUGUCAAUCGCUUUUGGCUCGCCGUUUGUUGCCGGCAAUGAAAUUAGAAAAUGGCUUCGAGAAAGACAGAAAUUCUCAAAAUGUUUCUGGACUUUUGUUCAUGGGAACGAUUGUGUUCCUCGAAGUCUUAAUAUUGUAGACAACUACGCUACUAUGAAACAAAUAUAUGAUAGCAUCGAGAUAUUUGUCCAGGCUCUUGGUUAA